CACAACGUAGGCUUGAGCUCGCAUGCUGUCGAGUUGCUAGCCUGUAUUGAUUUACUUUCACAGAUACAAUGGUAAUGUAGACUAUGUUCCGUGAUAGUGUCUAACGUGUAGUAAGUCAAAAAGAUAUUGACAAGAAAAGCUAUUCAAAAUUGUGAAAAUUCUUAGCUUUUAAACAAUUCACCGUUGUCAACUGGUAUUUAUAGUUGGGGUGCAUGUAAAAUAAGAACGAACCACCUACUGCGGACUGCGUGGAUCGAGAGAAGUGUCUUAAAAUCUGAUCUUGCGACGUUGAGUAUGGCUGAUGCCGGGUGGGAUCUCGUGACGGUGGGGGACAUGCAAGAGGCGAGGAGCGUUAUCACCAGGCACCCACUGUGUGUCCGGACCCCGCUCCUGAAGCUGGUCCAGGACAUGUUCCCGCAGCUGGCCGGACACAAGCUGCAGCUGUACCUCAAGCUGGAGAACAUGCAGACGACAGGUUCGUUCAAGAUCCGUGGUGUGGUCAACCAGAUGCGACAUCUCGAAGCACAGCUGGCCUCUGACAAGAUCCCCAUCACAAUGUCAGCUGGUAACUAUGGGAAGGCGUUUGCCACAUAUUUACACCAGAGAGACAUUCCUGGGAAAUGCAUGAUCCCGGAUACAGCACCACAGAGCAGAGUUCAUCUUAUACAGAGUCUGGGAGUGUCGGUGGAGCAGAUGCGGACAGCGGACCUGCAGGCCGCCGUGGACGAUUACACCAGUGAUGGCAGCCAUGUUUUCUGUCACCCGUUUGACGACAUCCACCUCAUCGCUGGAUACGCCAGUGUUGCUAUGGAGAUACUGGAUGAGGUGUCUGACCCUGACAUUGUCCUGGUUUGCUGCGGGGGUGGAGGGUUGGUGUCGGGUGUGUCUGCAGCCAUCAAGACACUCGGGCCGUCAGCCUGCAGAGUGUAUGCCGUAGAGCCGGAAGGAGCUCCGAGUAUGUUUGAAAGUUUCAAGGUAGGCAAAGCUGUGAGCCGUUCUGUGAAUACAGUAGCCACGGGCCUCGCGCCACCGUAUACAGGCAGGUUGACGUAUCGGCACUGCGCAGAGUUUGUAGAGCGUGUGUUACUUGUGUCAGAUGCUGAGAUAGUUCAGAGUAUGGAGCUUCUGUACAGCCGUGGACUCGUGGUAGAACCGUCGGGUGCUGCAGCAAUGGCGGCACUCCUCAACGGCCACGUCCCUGACGUUGACGGGAAGAAAGUCGUCGUCGUAAUCACAGGCGGGAAUGUUACACCGGGGGAAGCUAACUCCCUGAUAAAUAAAUCAUGAUGUCAUAA